AACAUUUAUUGGAUUGACCAUUAAAUAUUAAGAAAUAGGUAAUGCUUAUCGGAGUGCUUAUUUGAUUUAUUUUUAUAUUCAUAGUAUGUUUCUGCAAUCGUUACUCAAAUGUUCAAUUUCAUUUUUCAUAAUAUUUUUGAUAUGCCCAAAUGGCAUCCAAACCUUGGCUUCUAUUGGCAAACAGCAGCAAUAUUACCAUGCUGUCAGAAAAUCUGGAGGAGCUGACUUUCAACAACCAAUUUUAAGUUCAGACUUGACCAGACGUUUACUCCUGGAAGGGGAUGAUGAAAAUCGAUAUUCAAUAAAUGAGGAACCAGGUUUUGACCUGACACCAGAAGAAAUUAAAAAGUUCAAACUAUGGCCUGAUGGCAUCAUUCCUUAUUACAUCGACGUUGUUUCAUUUAGUGACAAGGUUCUUCGCGAUCAGAUCCGUACAUCACUGUCCUGGCUCAAUAGCAAGACGGCGCUCAGCUUUCAAGAGCUACCCACACCUCCAGAGGACGGUGAGACUCGCUGGGCGUUUUUCGCUAACCGACGAGGUCAGCUGGGCUGUAGUGAUCAUUCAAUCCAGAAUUUCUCCAAUACAGGUGUACAGUUAGUACAUUUGGGCUACGAUUGUAUGGGAGGAGACCUAGCAGAUGCCUUACUAUUACUGGUUGGGGUCCCAGCUCAGCAUACUGCACCGGAUCGAGAUAUAUAUAUCAAAGUUGUUGAAAAAAACAUCCUUCCCGAGAAAAGAUACCUAUACAAAAAAUUAGCUAACACUGAGUGGUUGUUCCACGACGUUGCGUACGACUAUGCGAGUGCUUCUCAUUUUGAUACCCAUAGGCAUUCAAUGAACGGACGUGCUACUAUUGAAGCUCAGGGCAAGUACGGUGACAAUAUAGGAGGCCAAGCUAAAAUUACAAAAAGCGAUUUAGAAAAGAUCAGAAUGCUCUACAAUUAUAUAGUCAAGAAAAAGUCGAGGGAAAUUCCUGAUUGUGAUAAACUUUUCAAAAAAAGCCCGAAAUACUAUAAACGAUUAGACGUAGGAGACGAGCCUAAACCUAGGAAGAAAUGUAAUAAAUAUCUUGGCAUUGAUGAAUCUGACGAACAUCACAAUGAUGACCGUGAUGAUGACAAUCUUCCAUUGGUACCAAAAGAACCAAAAGAAGACGAUGAGAAUAAAUCAGACCUAAAUUCAAAAGAAAACACUAAUGAUGACAACGGAUCUCUUGAGAUUUCAACAGAAAUGUUGAAAGUAACUGGUGAACUAAAAGCACCAAACAUUAAGGACGUACCAUCGAUUCGAAUGCCGGAUAGCGAUUAUGAAACUCAAGAAUCUUUAAAAGGAUGGAGAAACCCCCUUUGACUUAAUUUACACCACAUAAUUACUUUUAUUAUCAUCUUGGUUGACAAUAUAGGAGAAAUGAGCGUAAUAAGCUCAAUAGUUAAGUAAAACAGUGCAUUCUGCUCUUUAAGCUGAUCUCGCGAGAUCUGGUCUAAUCUGCGAAUGAGAACAAUCUCGCUUUGCAUUUCCUAAUCACAACUAUCGGUUCUAGUUGGGCUAAUAUUACACUGAGAUCCUAUGUUACCUAAUGAACCAGUUUUUAGAUUAGCUGAGCAGAAAUCCCGUAUCUCUUCAAAACAGAUUAUGGCUUUCUUACCAGAAUUCUUGACACUUGGGCUUCUGGUAUAAAAUUAUCUCCAUCACAGCUGGCAAUUAUAGCAUUAGCCUAUAAAAAUUACAAAUUAUUGAUCGAAAUAGC